AUGGCGUCCUUGGAGAGCAUACACCUUCAAGACGACCACGACGGCUCCCCGAGGUUCGCCACCAUGCGACCCGUGCUCGGGGCGCUGCUGGUACCCGGCCGGGGCAUCAAGACUCACAAGCUGGACGCCUCUUUUGGCGGGACCGGCGCCCUCCUGUCAGCUGACAUGGCGUACGGGCUCGCGUCCCGGGAUCCGACGCGACAGCUCACGGUGAUGUCCGCGCACAGAUCGGGUGAACAUCGAAGGGACGCGGAAGGAAGGGAGGUGUUCAGCCCCGAACACAGGCCCAAGCGCAACCUGGUGGUGAGCGGGAUCACGCCGCAGGAGCUCGAGGGCGCGAUAGGCGGGAAGCUGAUGAUCGGCUUGGACGCAGAAGUCGUGGUGCACGGCAGGGUGGAGGCGAAGGACGGCGCGGGUGGGGUCCGUUGCGAGGUCAUCCGCGGCGGGUCCGUGCGCGUGGGCGACUCGGUGUACGUCGGCGACCUGUCCAAGGAAGACACCGACUGGAGGAUAGAGAGGGGCAUCAAAGACGAGAUUUGGCACAAGAGGAUGCAAGCUGGCUGGGCCGAACCCCCGGAGUGCAGGUUUCUGCGACCCGAGCUUGGCCCGGUGACGCGGCUGCGGCAGUGA